AUAGCAGGUUAACGAUUAACGCCAGCCGGCUCGUAAAGCUAACACCAGGACAGUGAACCUUUGGAGUUUGAUAUGAUGCGAUCACUCAGUGACACACAGCUCAGAAUGACACAGCUCUGAUCGGAGGGAGGUGAUCUCUGGAAUUGCUCAGUGAGCUCCCCUAAUUUCGCUGAUUCUCAUAUCGCUGUCAAUCACACCCAAUGGAAUCCAAUCAGAAAACAAGCGGGGACGAACUGACGGGGACCCAGAAGGAGGCUGCGCUUCGGGCCCUCAUGCAACGCACAGGAUACCAGCUGCGGCAGGAGAACGGGCAGCGGCGGUACGGCGGCCCCCCGCCGGGCUGGGACGGACCUCCACCUGAGAGAGGCAGCGAGAUCUUUGUGGGCAAACUACCCAGAGAUCUGUUCGAGGACGAGCUGGUUCCGCUGUGUGAGAAGUUUGGGCAGAUCUACGAGGUGAGGAUGAUGAUGGACUUCAACGGGAACAACAGAGGCUACGCCUUCGUCACGUUCACCAACAAACAGGAAGCCAGAACCGCCAUGAAGCAGCUCAACAACUAUGAGAUCAGGAACGGACGCCUCCUCGGCGUCUGUGCCAGCGUGGACAACUGCCGUCUGUUCGUUGGCGGGAUCCCCAAAACCAAGAAGCGCGAGGAGAUUCUGAGCGAGAUGAGGAAGGUGACGGACGGGGUGGUGGACGUCAUCGUGUACCCCAGCGCCGCAGACAAGACCAAGAAUCGCGGCUUCGCCUUCGUGGAGUACGAGAGCCAUCGAGCAGCCGCCAUGGCUCGCCGCAAACUGCUGCCAGGUCGCAUUCAGCUGUGGGGUCACGCCAUUGCUGUGGACUGGGCCGAGCCUGAAGUGGAGGUGGAUGAGGACACGAUGGCGACCGUCAAGAUCUUGUACGUGAGGAACCUGAUGCUGCAGACCACGGAGGAGACCAUUGAGAAGGAGUUUAACAGCCUCAAGCCAGGUGCCGUGGAGCGAGUGAAGAAGAUCAGAGAUUACGCCUUUGUUCACUUCGCUCAGAGAGAAGACGCCAUCGACGCCAUGAAUGCUCUGAGCGGGAAGAUGGUGGACGGGUCUCCCAUCGAAGUGACGCUGGCCAAGCCGGUCGACAAGGACAGUUACGUCCGAUACACGAGAGGAACCGGAGGAAGAGGAGGGACGCUGCUGCAGCCCGACUACAGCGCCUACACCCUGGGACAGGUCUACGACCCCUCGGCCACCUACCUGGGUGCACCCGUCUUCUACGCCCCCCAGGCCUACGCGGCUGUACCGGGUCAGUUCCGCUUCCCGGCAGCCAAAGCUCACGUUGGGGGACGAGGCCUGAUCCGGACCCCAUCGGUCAGAGAAAUUUACAUGACUGUACCUGUAGGGGCUGCGGGGGUGCGGGGGCUUGGGGGGCGGGGAUACUUGGCCUACGCCGCAGGGGGCGGAGUCGUGGGCCGAGGUGGCGGCGGCGCCUCCUACGGCCUGAAGGCCGACAAGCAGGCAGAGGAGAAGCUGUACGACCUGCUGCCGGGGAUGGAGCUGACGCCCAUGAGCCCGGCGGCCAUGAGCAUGAAGGCCGCCGCCAUCAAGCCUGCACCUCAGGUUCUGGAGGAGCUGUGUCAGAAGAACAACUGGGGCCAACCUGUCUAUCAGCUGCACUCGGCCAUCGGUCCCGAUCAGAGGCAGCUCUUCCUCUACAAGAUCACCAUCCCAGCGCUGGCGUCACAGUACCCCAACGUACAUCCUUUCACACCCGCCAAGCUGUGCGCCGCUGUGGAGGAAGCUAAGGUCCACGCGGCCGAGCACACCCUGCAGACGCUGGGCCUGCAGACGGACGGCGCCGCCGAGGCUUCGGUGGCCUUCCCAGGUUACACUCUGGCGAGUCCGGCGCCGUCGGCCGUGGCCUCCCAGCUGAAGCAGGCCGUGUCUCUGGGUCAGGACCUGGCCGCCUACGCCACCUACGACGGCUACCCCGCCUUUGCCGUGGCCACGCGCCACGCUAACGGAUACGGAGUCUUCUAGAGCAGAGUCACUGCCACGCUGUUCUGCUUCUCAAGAGAAAGUUCAUCUAAACUAUUCUAAUAAACUGUGAAAGAAGAUCAGAUUCAGAAAGAUGCAUCUCCAGAACAAAAAGCCAAAAGGAGUGAGAGCUCCUUUUACCAAACAUCUGCAGCUCAACAGCUGGAAACGCAUGGGACUUGUCAGUCACCCUCACUCUGAUCCUUCACCUUUUCCUCUGUUCUUGCUUCUCAUAGCAUCGGUCACUGGGACAAAGCCAGUUUGUAGCUGGAGGCCGGUGAUACUGAACAGGUUAAAUCCACUUUGUUGUUUUAUUUUAAUAUUACUGCAAUUUGUAGUUCUUCAACGUAUCAAGCUACCUGUAGAUUUAACGUUUGGACCUUGUUCCAGAGAUGGUAUAAAGGCACUGUCCAGGACCAGGUUCUGGUCAUUUACAAACUGUUGGUAUCUACAUAUAUACACUGUAUAUAGUGAGACUAUGUGACUCUGGGUCAUGAACAUUUCCCUUCAUGACCAAGUCGAUUUUUUUUUUUCUGGUUGGUUUGAAUCAGUCUUACGAAUGCUUUUGUUGUUUCUUCCGAUGUUUCCAGAGUUUAAUUGAGACACUGGAGACACCCGGGCGGUGAACAGGCCAAAGCAGAGACAGUAUUAAAGUGUGCAAAGCACUUAGAGCUUAUUUUUAUACCAGGACACAGAAGAAAUAUCAAGACAUUGUACGAAGACAUAUUUUGCAUCUUUGAAUCUGGUACCAGAAUCAGAACCAAUUUGUGAUCAUCUCAAAGAAUUGGGUUUAAUUUACAGAAAAUAGCUUUAAUAGUGUAAUUGUAAAGAUUACUACUGUUUUAGAAUAAAGGCCAACAAGGAA